GCGGUCCAUGGGUGUCAGCUAGCCAGGUACGGUAACUGAGAAACUUGAGAGCAUAAACAAGAGUGGACGAACAUGGCGUCGAGCAAGAAAGGCGGCGGGAGCGCCAGAUUUGACAAAGAUGUGAACGGGAGACGCGCGUCCAAACAAAAAGAGGCUCCUGUGGCCACCGACACUGACAGGAGUCACCUGAACAGAGAGGACACAUACAAGGACAGCUUGAAUCUGGAUGCGGUGAUGGACACCAAGGCGGUUUUUGUGGCCCUGUACAAUGUCUGCGAGGAGAACGCCACCUUCUUCUCGGGAGGGGCCAAAGGGCCACAGGGUGAUGCUGCCAGACGGCUGGUGGACACCAUGAAGCUGAUCCAGGAACACGCUCGCAGCCUGGAGCCUGUCAUCUCUGGCUUUGCCUCCGUCUACCACCAUUUCGACUUUGACCCACACAUACCCGCCAACGGCUAUCGCUCACUAGUCAAGGUGGUGCGUUGCUGCCUUCUCCACAUCAUCCACAAGGGGCGCUACAUCACCGCCAACCGCCGCAGCAUCUUCUUCCGCGUUGCCCACAACGCUGGAGAAAUGGAGGCGUACUGCAAUGCUCUAUGCCAACUGCGGGCGCUGCUCUACUUGGCCCAACGAAUGCUGCACGAUAACAGCCACGGUGAACUCUUCUUUCGGGACGAAUGUGGCCUCAGCGAGAGCUUCGUACGUGAAUACAGCUCCAUGCACAAGGGCUGCUUCUAUGGACGCUGCCUGGGAUUUCAGUUCACACCAGCCAUCCGACCCUCUCUGCAGACCAUAGCCAUAGGACUUGUGGCCUUUGGAGAGAACUACAGACGGCAUCAGUCAGGAAUAGUGGAGGCAGGAGGUAUUGCACCCUAUGGUGUAGCAGCCAGCUCUUUUUUUACGUCAGGCAAGUACGCCAUCGAUCCAGAGUUGAGAGGGGCGGAAUUUGAGCGCAUCACUCAGAAUCUUGACGUCCAUUUCUGGAAGACUUUCUGGAACAUUACUGAGACUGAAGUGCUUUCGAGCCUCGCUAGUAUGACAUCUGUUACAGUCAAGGUAAACCGAGCAUUCUCUGUGCCUCCCGUGCCCUUUGACCUCCCCCUGGCAGCCAACCACACGGCCUCUGUGACCAUAGCGCCCCCGUCAGCGCACAUCGGCACCGCUCCCGUUCAGAUGAGACUCAUCUCCUAUGACUUACGGGAAGGACAGGACAGCCCGACGCUGUUGGCUCUCACCCGCUCCGAGGCAGGCUCCAUUUCCCUUUCACUGGGUCUGAAGACCAAGCACCUACCUUCAUCCUCCUGCCUUCUCAUCCACUUCCAUGGGGGAGGCUUUGUGGCUCAGACAUCCAAAUCUCACGAGCCCUAUCUCAAGAGCUGGUCCCAGGACCUAGGCGUCCCCAUUCUGUCAGUGGACUACUCCCUGGCCCCCGAGGCUCCAUUUCCACGGGCCCUGGAGGAGUGCUUUUAUGCGUACUGCUGGGCGCUGAGAAACCACCACCUACUAGGCUGGACCGGGGAGAAAGUGUGCCUGGUGGGCGAUAGUGCCGGAGGAAACCUGUGUGUGACGACAUCAUUGCGGGCUGCAGCCUACGGCGUUCGAAUGCCAGAUGGCAUCGUGGCUGCCUACCCGGCCACCCUGCUGACCGCCUACGCCUCGCCCUCCCGUCUGCUCACCCUCAUGGACCCCCUGUUGCCGCUCAGUGUGCUCUCCAAGUGUCUCAGCGCCUAUGCAGGUAAUGAGCCGCAGACUGAGAAGCAGGUGGAAAGGGUGAGCACGCUCAGCAUGAUGCGAAGGGACACAGCGCUGCUGUUGCGAGACUUCCGACAGGGAGCGUCCAACUGGAUCCAUGCUUUACUGGACUCGAACAGAGCCGCCAACCCGCCCAGUACAGAUGCAGAGUCCGGAGGGACCACUGAAGCAGUGAGGAAAAGCGUGUCAGAGACGUCCAUCUCCUCUCCUCAUGUGGACCCCACGGUGCCUUCUGAGCCCUCAAACCUCCACACCGGGAAAUUAUCUAUGAAGAGCCAAACAUGCCAGGACCUGGGAAUCCAUAAUUCCACCUCCCACUGUGCGCCCCUCCUCUCCGAACGCACUCCUGAAGAAGUCAAUUUCUCCAUCUCCAAUGAACCUGAUUACUCCCCACCUGCAAACCUGCCUUCCGUGGCGAUACCACCCCCUGGUGGCGAGGAGGGAUCUGAGUUCCCGCUGGGCUUUGAGCCCCUGCGUUCACAGCAGCUUUCUGAGAUGAAGUUGCACAGUUCGCCGGUGGUCAAGGACCCAUUCUGCUCCCCUCUGCUGGCCCCUGAUAGCAUGCUGAAAGCUCUUCCGCCUGUUCACAUCGUGGCUUGUGCACUGGACCCCAUGCUGGAUGACUCUGUGAUGUUUGCCAAGCGCCUGAGGAACGUCGGGCAGCCUGUCACGCUGUGCGUGGUGGACGACCUCCCCCAUGGCUUCCUCAGCCUAUCACAGCUCUCCAAGGAGACCAGGGAGGCCGGCAAUGUGUGCGCCGAGCGAAUCCGCGCCGUCUUCACCCAAGAGGAGACGCCCCCGGAGCCACGCAAACACCGCAAGCUGGAACGGACCGACAGGGGCUUGCUGGCCCACUCCGAGGACGCCACUACCCUUUUUGAUGGAGGUGAGCUGGAUAAGGAGCUUGGGGCUAAAACGACUGAAGAUUUUGUAACUGUGGCUGAAAGCAGCACUGACAUCGGGGGUGUGGAAGCUUAGAUAAACUUUCAUUAUAAGACUCUACUUCAUACAAGCAGUAAAGAUCACCAGAGACAAAAGCCCCUUUUUAUGCUGCCCUGUAAAGGCCAGAUUUUUUUUUUUCCCGCUUGUUGCUGUUCUGUAUAAAUGGCAACGAAAAGGAAUGGGGUCGUAACAGGUGGCACGCUACCUGUGUAAGGGUAUGCCGCAAUUCUGGGACCAUAUGUGUCCAACUUUGUUGCUGUGUGAAAGCGCAAUAUCCUGCUGCGCAGCACUGAUGCGACCAUUUUGCAUAAUCUCUGUGUGUGAAAUUUAUACCAGAUAACAGAAGCAAUUGACACGGACCGGGAAUUCUCCCUCUGCUGUAAAAUGAUGGCAUUCCUGUAUGAACGCCAUCCUGCACUUAUAACCCAAUAACAUGGUGAUUCAUAAGUACAGUAAACCUCGGAUAUAUCGGAUUCAAUUGUUCCCACUGGUUUUGUCCGAUAUAAGCGAAAUCCGUUAUAUGCGUAUACCGGAAAAUGUCCGUUUCACGCAUAUAUCUGAUUUAUAUCCGGUAUAUGCGUAAAUCGGAUUUUAUCCGUUAUAAAAAGGCACUUCCUUGACUAUGUUUUCAAUGUACCUGGACGCGCAGGCAACGCUGCAAACGCUGCAAAUGACGUCGUAUAGCGGCCUGUCACGAUUCGGCGAAUCGGAGCGCCACGAUGCGGCCAUCCGAUAUAUGCGAGGGAAAUUUAAUGGAAAUGCAUUGGAACGGGAUGUCCGAAAUAGGCGAAAUCCGUUAUAAAAAAUCCGAUAUAUGCAAUGAAUUUUUAUUUUUUUAUUUUUUAUUUUUAUUGGAAAGGCAUUACAGAAAAAUUGGUUCUUUUUUAUCUGUCCGUUGUGAGCGAAUUUCCGAUAUAUCAGAGUCCGAUAUAUCCGAGGUUUACUGUAAUUGUAAUAUAGCAGCAGGGAUUUUUUUUUAAACGUAAAUCAGCACUCACUUACACAAGGCAUCGUGGAUUAUUUCUCCAAGCCAAAAUGCUCGACUCGAUCCUGUGAUUCAUCACACACCGAGCCUGCUAAUCAGAUAAAAUGUUCCUCCGUCAAAUCAUCGCAAUCUGAAUGGCCCCUUGUCCUGCUGGAGAGUCUCUUCCAAAUCACACUUGAUAACUGUGCAUUGUGCUCUCCCCAUUACUCCCAUUUUGCUGUCAAUACAAGCUCACUUUGUGGACGCUAACUCUGUUGACAUGCAGCCCAAAUUGGAUUAACUCACUUUCAAAAAGUGUAACAGACUUUGAGAGGCUGCACUGAAGUUUUAUCUCCUGGUAAUCAUUUGCUAAAGCGUCCUAUUUUUCUAUUUUGCUGUAUGUAUUUAGUCGUUAAUCCACAUGCUGUUGAUUACACAGUUUGAAUGUGCUCAGAACUUCACGACCAGCUGCUCUGCGGGUAAAUGAGUAUUCUUAGUACUGAGUACUGAAGAGGAUUUGUAAUCAUUAGUACAUAAUAGUAGUUCAUGUAAUAUUUACCCACACACGAUAUUACGAAUGCAAGUAAUGCAUUUUGGAACCUUGAGUAUUCCAGUGUCGGCUAGAACAGUGAUUUUCAACCACUAGCGUACCUUGAGAAACCGUCAGGUGUGCCGUGAGGAAUUAUCCAAUAUCACUUUUUAUAAUUAACAUUUAUUAAUCAUCAUUUGCAAAUAUUAUGUCAGUAGCCUUUAUGUCAAUAGUAUACAUGGACCCAAAUCCAGACGUUCUUCAGUUUUAAAAAUGGAGGCCAGCAAUUUUGAUUCAAACUAAAUUUCAAGACUGAACAGACGAAAAACUGUCAAUACGGAGAUAUUCCGACAAGUGAAAGAAAAACUUGGGGAAGCCGGUAUCACGUGAUGUUGAUGUUUACGUUUUACUGGGCAUGCCCUAUUGACUAUUCUGUUUGAUUUUCAGGGUGCAUGUAGACAAGAGAUUGGAAUAUUCCUUUCUAUGGAUACCAUUGUUUCCCGAAAGGUCAUUCGGAAAGAGAAAAAGUCGUCAUGUUAAAAACGUGGCUACUGUCGAGUGUCUGUGGUGUCAAGACUGGCAGAGCAAUGGAAUAUCGGUCCGUGUGGCAACACCUACCUUGUUCCUCCGAUAGACUUAUUGAUUGAUUGACAUUUUGUAACAUUUUUGGUUCGUGGUGUGCCACAAGAUUUUUACAAUGUAUAAAAAAAAAAAACGUGCCGUGGCUCAAAAAAGGUUGAAAAUCACUGAGCUAGAAGAUGCUAAAUAGUAUAUUUUCACACUUUCCUCGACCGCACAAUCCCCUUGCUGCUUCUUACUGCUUCUUCACACUGCACGCAGUGUGUCAAAGUCGCACUUCUGUCAACACGACUGAUUUCGUGCCUGACGAGCUGCUUUCACAAAUCCCAAGUGUUGCUGCUUUGAGGACCCUGACCAAGAAAAGAGAUUGCACGGGCCCUUGCUGCUGGUUCCAUCUCCACAGUCUUCUUAUUCCGAGCCGCAUCCAAAUAACUUGAGGUCACGCCUUUUUUAGAAGUGUUUUGCAACAGAAGCACAGAAAUUGUUCAGUAUGUGGGGGGGGGGGGCUUUCUGUAACUGCCAACAAUGGCGGCGAUAAACUGCACGCCACAGGGUGGCGUUUUUCAGGUUCAUGUGAUGGCGGGCGGAAAGGAUUUAGCCAAAGUGCUACAGAGAAGAGGGAUUUUUCAGAAGUAGAAGACGUACUAUAGCGGAUUAGGCGGCGCUCGCUUGUGUCAGCCUGAAGUAUUUACCGCAACAUUUUCCUGUCGGAUUGAUGAAGAAAGGCAGCAGCAUCAAAGACUAGACUGAGCUUUUAUUUUCAUCCUCUCUCUCUCUAGCACGCUAUAGGCCUCAAGUUUGCGCCUUCUUGCACUUUUGCUGUGGUUUGUCCUGAUGUUUGUAAGCGACUUUAUGGCUUGUAGAAUUUUUUGGGGUUAUUCUGUCAGUCCUCGCCUGUGUGCCCGAAGCUACCACGUCGGUUGCACUGAGGCCCGUACUAGCACUUUAAUCAUCACCAGCUGCUCAAACGACCAAACAUAGGUUCUCAAGGAUAUUUACUUUUCGUUUAAGCUAGCUGUGCACUGUCAAUUAAGUAUGAUUCUGAGUAGAUUUAUUGUCGUGUCAGGUGUUGUUUGUAAAAACCAAAGUAUCAGAUCUUGAACUGUCGUACAACAAUGGGGCGGUACUCUCAGUUGAGUAAGCUGCGAUACAAUGCUACAAUGCUAAUAUCGAAGUACAACACUCGAUAUACAGUCGUCCCUUGCUAUAUCGUGGUUUGAACAUUGUUCCCUCAAAAAUAUCUUAAUCAAAAAUUAUUUGAUUAAUUUGAUCACUAAGGUUGACGAUUUGUCAAAAAAUUUUGAAAGACAAGUUAUAUGUAAUAUUCAGGUCAUGAAGCAUCAGUAAUGCUACAUUGUUGAGGCAAUGUAUUACAUUACCUUAAAGGUAACCAACAAGCCGCAUGGAAAUCCGCCAGUGGGGGCAGUAUAUCCAAUCCAAUCCACUUUAUUUAUAUAGCACAUUUUAUAAACAGAGUUUCCAAAAUUAAAAAGUAAUAAUCCAAAACUAAAAGAUCAAAACUAAAAGAUCGAAACAUGCAUCUUCCACAGUACUAAACUAAAGUGGACAAAAUUUGCCAUUGUUUACUGAACUUCCAACAUGGCGUCUACUUCUUGAAGAAUAGGAAUUGUGCUGUAUUUAUUUGCGACAGAAGAGGAAGAGAAGGUGGUCCUUGAACACAACAGGGUGACAAUGUGCUUACAAAAAACAAAAAACACAUGACUGAAAACAUGACUGAUUUGACUUGGAAAUAAAACCCGCUCUUUUUAAUGCACACCAAAUACAUAUAUACAACUACAAAUAAGUUACAAAUAAGCAGGAUCUCCUGCUCGUCGGCCUAGUUAGAAGAUUUCCUAGGUGUUUAGUGCGGGAAAUUCGGGCUGAACAGAGCCAAGCCGACCUCGCGGAUCUGUAAAACAUAAAGCAACCUUAACAUAGUCAGCCCUGGCAUGUCUGACUUGAUAGAGUAGGGAGAAAAGUUAUCCUCCCAUUCCAUGUGGAAGUGGUAAGUCUUCUUACUAUGUUCUUCUUCCCCACUCUAUUGGAAACAUUUUUUUUAAGUUUAGAUUAAGUAAACUGGAGAGGCAAACUUGUUAGCUCGGUAUCUUGCCAUGGUAGAAGCAGCCAUAUCUUUUGUCCGUGCAUUGUUCCGGUAGCCUGUGCAAUGUGGUAAAUAAAAAAUAGUAGUUUAAAAGUAACAUGUUCAUGUCUACAGGGCUGUAAUGUUAUGUUAAACAGAAAUUCACUUAUCGCGAUUGGUUCUGGAAUCACUUCUGGAACGGCGGGGACGACUGUAUUAGGAAACUUAAGUUUGUUUUCAAAAGGCUUUUUGAAGUGUAUUUCAAAGUGCCGAAUUUGAGACAACUUUUAUAUUUGAGUAAAUCGGGUAAUGUUCAUUACGUCAAAGAGGCUAAACAAUACAUGCAAAUCAAGAUAGGAAGUGUGUCGGUUGGGUCUCUACACAUCAUUCUGUAGUUUUAAGCACAGUUCAAGGAACAAGAUGUAUUGCUUCGUUGUUAGCUUUGUUUUUAGCAUCAGCAUUUCAGGUCUACAGACAGUUGAGUGUCUCAGUUCAGUUAAAAAAACAAGUGUACUGUAUGUCCAGCUUCAUACAUGACUGAGUAUUUAGAACAACAAAGUCUAUAAAACACAUUAGUUGAGUCAGGGUUUUAAUUUUUUUUUUUAAAUGCUGCUGAUCCGCAUAUUGCCUGAAGUUCCUGUUGGCUUUUUUUUUUUUUUUUUUU